AUGAUUAUUGACGAAUCUGACCCAAAUGGCCAUGGACCUGCAUGGAAACAUUCCAAUCGCAUCUAUGCUAUACUCCAGUACAAUUUUAUAGUGUUUCCCUGUACCUUGCUCCUCACCUUCUAUGGGCUGAAGAGGCUGGUCGACUAUACGGGCUACUAUGCGGAUGUUACAGACGAGGUGUGGACCAGGUCGGCAACCGUCCAUGCUGCUUCUACUGCAUUUUUCUUCUUCAUGCAGUUUCCUCCAUAUGCCAAUACCCUCGGUCUGUGUCUACCCAUGCAACCAUUGAAGCAUACCAAGGGGCCAAAGAAAAGGCGCCUCGGAACGCUGAGGAUUUGUCUCGUCACCAAAGGUACCAACGUGCAGACAGCAAUUAACUCGGCCCGCUGUUGGGACUCACUCAGCCAACGUCACCAUCCUGCAAUACGAUUUCACGUCCUCGUCGACAACAACAAUGGUGCCGAGUUCCGUUCGCAGCUACCGUCGUACAUUAUCGUGGACCAGGUGCCGAAGAAUGUUCCAUCGCAACGAGCUCUGUACAAAGCCCGCGCGCUCGAACACUUUCGUCAGAAAUACAAGCUAUCCAAGGAGGAUUGGGUCUUGCAUCUUGACGAGGAAUCUGAGAUUGAUGAGCGCGUCCUGGAUGCUUCACUGGACUUUAUUGAGCGAGGCACAGCGGAUAUUGGAAAUGGCACCAUCUAUUAUACCUCAGUCAAUCAUUGGACCAAUACCUUCCUGUCAGCCACGGAGAUUGUUCGUUUAGCAGAGGACUAUGGUCGCUUCCAGCUCCCCUUCAAAACGCUCAAACGGCCCUUUCUAGGUUGGAUCCAUGGCUCCUGGUUGCUGAUCAAUGGAGAGGUGGAAAACCGCAUCGGGUGGGACACGGAUAAUAUGUGCGAGGAUUACUGGUUCGGCUAUCACGCGGCCCAGCAUGGAUUCAAGUUCGAAUGGGUGCACGCACUCUUUCGCGAACAGCCACCCGUCAGCCUGAUGGACUUCUGGCGGCAGCGUCGCAGAUGGUACACAGGAAUUUGGAGUAUGGAUCGAAUAACUGUGCGUUUGGCCUUGAUUGCGGCUGGCUUGAGCGGACUAGCCGCCCUCAUGGUUCCUGUGAUCGGUAUCCUCGGGAUUCGUAUUGUCGCUCCCUCCUGGUACUGGUACUGGAUGUUGUUUAACGACGCAACAACAAUCCAUAUUCUCGCUGUGGCGAGCGUCCUUCAGGACCUCAGCAUGACAGAUGUGUCGAUCAUAAACAUUGUUGGUCAUGCCAUCGUGUCGAUUAUUUUGUCGCCUUUUGCCCACGUCCUUCAAGCAGUCGCACUCGUUAGCUCAUUGCUCGUUCCAUCCACGGGAUAUUGUGUCAUUGAAAAAGCCUAG